AUGCAGGAGAAAGAGGAUGCUCUCCGCGAAAAGACUGCUGCUUUUACAGCAAGGGAUGAUUCUCUUCGCGGAAAGACUGAUGCUCAAAAAAGGCAUGAUGAAGUUUUCGAUCGCGUCAUGGAUGCGGAAGGUGAAGCCACUGAGCUAACAUCUAGUCUGGAUGAAUCCGAAAGAAAAGUCCAAGACCUUGCAAGUCAACUUGAGAACUGCAAUAUUGCAAAUCAGACACUCAGAGAUGAGUUGGACGAGUCGACCAGAGUAAAUGAUUUGGCCCAAGCAGAUUUAGAGGCCAUGGACCAAGAAUAUGCUGCUCAAGAUAUGGCGCACGACUCCAUGUUGGAGCAUAUUGGAGAGUUGGAGACAAAAGUGAUCGAUUUGCAGCGACAGACUGAGCAAAGAUGUUUUGGCUAUCAGAGAUACUUUGCAGACAUGGCCAGAGUGCAAGGUCUGCAAAUCGAAUUCUGGACUGUCUUUAUGGGUGCCAUAGAGUCCCAUCCUUUUCAAAUUCCUAUCCGCCAGUUGCCGGAUCCUUACUUUUGGGCAGUAGUAGAGCCUUGGUCAGACUUGAACCAGCAGUCUGGGAACAACCCGGCAAAGUCUAGGGCUGGGCUAAUGGAUCUGCUCACCCAACUCUACUAUCAUAUCACAAACAAGGACCCCGAAGCUGAAAUGUGGCACUUGCUGCGGCUCAUUUCCGAGGAAUGCGUCAAAAAUGACGCUCCAGGUCUGUUUGUUGGGGUUAUUCCACUCAUAUUUGAGGCAGCCAAAAAGCGGUAUUUGGAAGCCCAGGAAGCCCAAGGCAUAAAUCUGCCAAACCAGGUUGACCCGAUCAAGAAGAGUCUUAUUGAGCAAAUGUUCCUCAUUGGAUUACUCCAAAUUGGCCGAUUCAUGCAAAGACGUUGGCCAUCUGUUGCUCCUGAUCGCAUCAACAAGAUCCAGGAGUACUUGGAAAAUCAAGAUCUGUGGGAGCCUUUAUGCAAGCACCUGUUAUCGGAUAAUGUCAGUCAUUUCACUGAUGAAGCCGACAGAGACACCAUAUGGUACAAGGACUUGAACGUAUGCCUUGUGGGAAGUGAGCACUUUAUAUUUGUCAUUGGCACCACAACACGUACGGUCCGGUUGGUAGAUAAGCAACAAGCCAAAUUUGCCAUUAAUACGGCGCGGUUAGAAGCACCAGAAGAGCAUGGAAAUAUGGACUUUCCCAUGUCACCAGCUAAUUUCAUGUGGUGGACAAAAUUUGCUAGUUUCCAGGCGUAG